AUGAAUUGGUUCCCUUCGGAGAAGCCUAUCUAUGAUAUUACAAAGAGUUGGGAGGAGAACUUGGAGAAGGGACCAUUCUACAGCGAUAACUAUAAGGUGCUUGACAGAAAAUGGAAGCCAAGGGAGGAGUGGACCGACUUCUUGGGCGUGGCCAAGAUCGCCUCUCCCCUCGGUGUGCCCGCCGGCCCCCUGCUCAACUCACAGUGGAUCAAGUUUGCCGCCGAGGCCGGCUUUGACGUCGUCACCUACAAGACCAUCCGCAGCAACCCGUACAUUGGCCACCCAGUGCCCAACGUGCUCUACAUCGACGUGCCCCAAGGACAGAUCGACAAGUCAGAGUCGGGCGGCGUGCUGCACGCCACCAACGUCGCACCCGCCUCGCUCGAGGACCUGGCCAUCACAAACUCGUUCGGUAUGCCCUCCAAGGACAGACAGUAUCUCUACGAGGACAUCAAGCUGGCCAACAGCUACAUUCGCGACGGCCAGGUCAUGAUCGUCUCGAUCACUGGCACAGCGUCGUCCGCUCACGACUUUAUGCAGGACUUUGUCGACGUGGCCAACAUCGCCAUCGAGUCGGGCGCCAAGGUCGUCGAGGUCAACUACAGUUGUCCAAACGUUUGUACAGGUGAGGGACAGAUCUAUCACAACCCAGACGAGGUGUACCGCAUCUCCAAGACGCUGGUCGACAUGCUGCAGCCACGCGGCAUCCCCCUGGUGAUCAAGGUGGGCGUCAUGGACGACCAGGCCAAGAUGGCCCGUCUCUUUAGCAGGGCGCACGAGGCUGGUGUGGCCGCCAUCGCCGGCAUCAACACGCUCAGCAUGAAGAUCACCGACGCCGCCACUGGCGAGCCAUCGCUCGGCGCCAGCCGUCUGACCAGUGGUGUGUGUGGUGCACCAAUCCGCUCGGCGGCACUCGACUGGGUGCACUCAGCACGCAACAUAAUCAACAACAACCCACAGCUCAACAACAUGAAGUUGAUCGCCUGUGGUGGUAUCGUCCAGCCACAACACUUUGACGACUUCCUCCAAGCUGGAGCAGACGUUGCAACAUGUGCAACUGGUCUAAUGUGGGACCCAUACAUUGCCAUGAAGUGGCACAAUAAACUCUAA